UGGGGCGAGACGGCUCUGGCCGAGCCCGCGGCGGCUGCCUCCCCUCCCGACGCUCCGAAGUCCCCCGCGCGGUUAGCGUUCUCGCUGCCCCUAUGGACGCGGCGCUGAAGCGGAACCGCCCGGAGGAGCCGGCAGAGCUCCCGCCGUCGGCCCGGGACUUGGAGGAGGAGGACGAGGAAGAGGGAAUGGAACAGGGGCUGGAGGAGGAAGAGGAGGUGGACCCUCGAAUCCAGGGAGAACUGGAGAAGUUAAAUCAAUCCACAGAUGACAUCAACAGACGGGAGACUGAACUUGAGGAUGCUCGUCAGAAGUUCCGUUCUGUUCUGGUGGAAGCAACAGUGAAACUGGACGAGCUGGUGAAGAAAAUCGGCAAAGCUGUGGAGGACUCGAAGCCCUACUGGGAGGCACGGAGGGUGGCGAGGCAGGCUCAGCUGGAGGCUCAGAAAGCCACACAGGACUUCCAGAGGGCCACCGAGGUGCUCCGUGCCGCUAAGGAAACCAUCUCCCUGGCUGAACAGCGGCUGCUGGAGGAUGACAAGCGGCAGUUCGACUCAGCCUGGCAGGAGAUGCUGAAUCACGCCACCCAGAGGGUCAUGGAGGCGGAGCAGACCAAGACAAGGAGUGAGCUGGUACACAAGGAGACGGCGGCCAGGUACAACGCGGCCAUGGGCCGUAUGCGGCAGCUGGAGAAGAAGCUCAAGAGAGCCAUCAACAAGUCCAAGCCCUAUUUUGAACUCAAGGCAAAGUACUACGUGCAGCUUGAGCAACUGAAGAAGACUGUGGAUGACCUGCAGGCCAAACUGGCCCUGGCGAAAGGCGAGUACAAGACGGCCCUGAAGAACCUGGAGAUGAUCUCAGACGAGAUCCACGAGCGGCGGCGCUCCAGUGCCAUGGGGCCUCGGGGCUGUGGCGUGGGGGCUGAGGGCAGCAGCACGUCUGUGGAGGACCUGUCAGGGAGCAAGCCUGAGCCGGAUGCUGUUUCUGUGGCCUCCGAGGCCUUUGAAGAUGACAGCUGCAGCAACUUCGUAUCAGAAGACGACUCGGAAACCCAGUCAGUAUCCAGCUUUAGUUCAGGGCCCACAAGCCCAUCCGAGAUGCCUGAGCAGUUCCCUGCAGCUGUGAGGCCUGGCAGCCUGGAUCUGCCCAGCCCCGUGUCUCUGUCAGAGUUUGGAAUGAUGUUCCCGGUACUGGGCCCUCGCAGCGAGUGCAGUGGAGCCUCCUCCCCUGAGUGUGAGGUGGAACGAGGAGACAGGGCAGAAGGGGCAGAGAAUAAAACAAGUGACAAAGCCAACAACAACCGAGGCCUCAGCAACAGCAGCGGCAGUGGCAAGAGCCAAAGUAGCACCGCCCGCGAGGGCCAGGCCUUGGAGAACAGGAUGAAACAGCUCUCCCUCCAGUGCUCGAAGGGAAGAGACGCGAUUAUUGCUGACAUAAAAAUGGUGCAGAUUGGCUGA